GGUUUCUGUCAGCUGCAGCCACCCAGGGAUCCCGAGAUCCGAGUUCACUCUGACCUGUCUCGGGCUGCCCGGAAUCCAUCCUCUCUCUAAGAUAAGAUAUGUUAGUAUGACCAUUGUUUUUAAUGGGAGAUGAUUGAAAGUGAAAAUCUAAACCAAAGUGAAAUCAUUAAAGAGCUGUGUUUGUGCAAUGGUUUAUCUUAUGAGAUGGUUGGACAAGAAGGAUCAGAUACUUCAAAACUGGAGAUGUUUUUCUCAGGAUACCCCUGUAUAGUAGGAUUAUCGUUAUUUCCUAAUUUAACAAGUCUUACAAUCGUUGCUCAAGAUAUAAAGGAAAUUUCAGGGCUGGAGACUUGUUUACAGCUUAAAGAACUCUGGAUUGCUGAGUGCUACAUAGAGAAAAUUGAAGGCCUUCAAGAAUGUAGAAGUUUGGAAAAAUUAUAUUUAUAUUACAAUAAGAUUUCAAAAAUAGAAAAUUUAGAGAAAUUAAUAAGAUUGGAAGUUGUUUGGCUGAACCACAACAUAAUAAAACAUAUUGAGGGCUUGCAGACUUUGAAGAAUUUAAGUGACCUCAACCUUGCAGGGAAUCUAAUAAGCAACAUUGGUCGGUGUCUUGACCCCAAUGAAUGCCUAGAAAAACUAAACCUUUCUGAUAACCAAAUUACUUCGUUUAAGGACCUUACUAACUUGACCAGGCUGCCUCAACUAAAGGAUUUAUGUCUGAAUGAUCCACAGUAUAAAACAAAUCCAGUUUGCCAGCUGUGUAAUUACUCCACACAUGUGCUGUAUCACCUGCCUUCUCUUCGUAGACUUGACACAUUGGAUGUAUCAGCAAAGCAAAUCAAGGAGCUAGCAGAUACCACAGUGAUGAAAAAAAUAAUGUAUUACAACAUGCGCAUAAAAACAGUUCAGAGGCAUCUUAGUGAAGAACUUGAAAAGCUCAGUGACAGAAAAUGCAAGUUACAAAAGUUACCAGAAGACCGAAUAAAAUUAUUCAACUUUGCCAAAAAAAAUUUGGAACAGGAAUUAGCGGAACUCAAGGCAUCUGGCAAAGGGAAAAAUGAUAAAGUCGAUAAUGAUAAAGUAAUUGAGGUUGAAAAACCAAGGAAUAGUGAAACUGUCGUGGAAGAAUCGGGUCUGCAGCAGAAGAUAUUGACCAAACUAAAUGCCUUAGAUGAAAGGAUAGCAUUCUGGAACAAGAAACUAGAUGAAAUUGAAGCAGUUUAUCGUUCUGAAGUAAAACAAAAGAAGAAAAGCUACAGCUUACUGACCCCAUUUUUGUUAACUGAGUUGGAAACUGUGGGAAAUAUCCAUUUUGAAGAGGGCACUCAAUGUGAUGACUGGUUUAAUUCCUGCUAUGAAUUAAUUCUAUCUCGUUUCUGUACUUGGGACUUCAGAACAUAUGGCAUCACGGGAAUAAAAGUAAAACAUGUCAUUAAAGUUAACAAUCGCAUUUUGAGACUGAAAUUUGAAGACAAAUUUCAAAAGUUUUUGGAUCAUGAAAAUACACAUGACUUAAGCACCUAUCGAAAGAUGCUGGAAUACCUUUUUUAUGUUUUUGAUCCUGAAGUUGCAGUGAAGAAAAAGCAGCUGCUGCAAAUACUUGAAAAAGGAUUCAAAGAAAGUGAACCAAGCAAGCUGCCUCUCAAGGAAGAAGCCAUCGCUCUGGUGAACAGCCUCAGCAUGUGUGAGUGUCCCAGAAUCGAGUUUCUUCAGCAGAAAUAUAAGGAGGACAAGAGGAGCUUACCGGAGCACGAUCUCCUCAGACACGGCAUCCUCCUCAUUGCAAAGGUUUUUCUUGGCCAGAGUGUUCAGGCUUGUGAACAAGAACCCAUCAAUAGAGCCAACUAUCCUACAGUUGAUUCCGUAUUCGUUCCUCAGAGACAUUUUUUAAAUUCUAUCAUAGGACAAAGAACUUGCGAUUGCAGCUACCGGCAGUACAAAUGGUUUGUCUUUGACCAUGAGCUUGUUUUGCCAGAAUACGUCGUUGAAUUUGAGUAUAUUACAGUGGCUAAAGGUCACUCCUUAUUUUCAACAUUCAACAGUCUUAUUCUAGAAGAAAGCAAAAAAUAUUCUGAAGGAUUAAUAUUGUCUCAAGAUUUGAAAUUUGAUGAUGAAGUUAUGAGAAUGGAGCCCAGGACUAAGCCCAGACCCAAACUUAUUAGUUUGGAUGAUAAAACAAUACUUUCCCUUGCCAAGACUAACAUUUACAGCCAUAUUGUGAAUCUGAAUCUACAUGGGAACAGCUUGAGCAAACUGAGAGAUCUUUCCAAGUUAACAGGACUUCGAAAGCUGAACAUUAGCUUCAAUGAAUUUACUUGUUUAGAUGAUGUCUACGACCUGUGUAACCUUGAAUAUUUGGACGCCAGCCAUAACCAUGUGAUAACCCUGGAGGGAUUUAGAGGUCCGAUGAAACUGAAACAUUUAGACUUGAGCUGGAAUCAGUUGAAAAAAACUGGCGAUGAAAUAAAUAUGCUAUGCAAGCACACCACAAGUCUUCUCACUCUGAAUAUUCAGCAUAAUCCCUGGCAAAAGGGAGCCACAUUGAGGUUGAGUGUCAUUGGCAGAUUGAAGAGUCUCACACACUUAGAUGGACUUGCCAUUUCUAAAGAAGAAACAACAGCAGCCAUGAAAUUUAUUGCUGGAACAAAAAUUACUCAGUUAUCUAUUUUACAGCACUCUAGUUCUGAAGAUGAGAGACCAUGGAUGCUUAGUACGUGGCCUUCUGCCAAAAUUCUGACACAGAUUUCAAAGUUAAGACUGUAUUUUCAUCCAAGUGGGAACUGGUUCUUGAAGAUAACUGCCUUAAAUUUAGAUGGACAGAAUCUCUUUGAAAUCACAAAUUUAGAAAAAUUGGAAAAUUUGAAAUGGGCAUCGUUCAGCAAUAAUAACCUCACUAAAAUGCAAGGCUUGGAAUCCUGUGUUAACCUGGAAGAGCUCACACUGGAUGACAACUGUAUCUCAAAGAUAGAAGGCAUCUCCAGGCUGACUAAAUUAACCCGCCUCAGCAUAAAUAAUAAUCUUCUCACUGGCUUGGAAAAGCAUACUUUUGAUAACAUGCUCCAUCUCCACUCCCUUUCUCUUGAGAACAACAGAAUCACUUCACUGAGUGCUUUACAAAAAACAUUCACUCUAAUUGAGUUGUACAUAAGCAAUAACUAUAUUGCUGUGAAUCAAGAGAUCUACAAUUUAAAGGGUUUAUACAAUUUGGUCAUUCUAGAUAUGUAUGGAAACACUGUUAUAUGGAACCAAGAAAACUACCGGUUGUUUGUAAUAUUUCAUCUUCCAGAACUGAAAGCCUUGGAUGGAAUCUCAAUUGAACCACCAGAGACUGAGAGUGCAAAAGAUUUGUUUGGUGGUAGGCUUACCGCUGACAUGAUUGCAGAACGGCAAGGACACUCAAACUUUCCCCAAAUGCAAGAACUCAACUGGACUUCAUCAUCCAUCAGGACUGUGGAUCUGACCCCAGUUGACCACUUUAGAAACGUGUGCAAUGUGAACCUACAGAACAACAACCUGACAUCGUUCAGUGGGCUUGUCUACCUGCCGAAUGUGAAGGUCUUAUGCCUCAACUAUAACCAUAUUGAAUCAAUCAUGCCUAGACUAAAACCUCAGACUCAUUUAACCAACAGACAACUGCUUCACCAGAAGGUGACUUCCAGUGGCUACAGACAACAAGGAACUACAAAAAUAAAUAGGGAAACAGUGAGCAGUGAAAAUUUACCUCCAAUAAUGCAGAGUCUAGAGGUUCUUCAUUUGGGCUACAAUGGAAUUUGUGACUUAAUCCAGCUACAACUUAACAGACUAAUAAAUUUAAAAUUCCUCUUUCUACAGGGGAAUGAAAUCAGUCAAGUUGAAGGGCUGGACAACUUAGUGGUCCUUCAGGAAUUGGUAGUAGACCAUAACCGCAUCAGAACAUUUAAUGACAGUGCUUUCUCCAAACCAAGUUCUCUGCUGACACUUCAUCUUGAAGAAAACAGACUACGAGAGCUGAGCAAAUUACAAUCUUUGGUAAAAUUGGAGAAACUCUUCCUAGGAUAUAAUAAAAUCCAGGAUAUUGCAGAACUGGAAAAACUUUAUGUUAUCUCUUCUCUCCGAGAGCUUACUGUUUAUGGCAAUCCAAUUUGUAGAAAAAUGGUACAUCGUCAAGUGCUCAUAUUCCUACUGCCUAACUUACAGUUGUUGGAUGGAAUACCUAUAAAUUCAGAUGAUAGGGCAAAAGCUGAAUUUCAUUUCUCUGAGCUACAAGCAAAGAAAAAUUUGUUCAUUCCUGUUACCACCUCUCCUACUGAUGGUGGAGCCUUCUGCCAAGUGAAAGCCUCUCCCGUUAAAAUAACAAACGUAAUUCUGCCUGCUGGAUUUAGCCAUUUCUUGGGACCCGACUUCACCUUAACUCCUGAAGUUGAAGAAUUCCUGGGAGCAACUUUCUAA